CCCUGACGUAUCUGUAACGUCAAAAAUAAAAAACUUUGUACACAUGUGUGUAAAAUUUGAAGAUUUGUUAAAUUAAUGUGAUUUUAUUUGUGUUUCACUUAAGUAAAAGGUUACAAAGGAACUAAAAUGGAUUCACAAAUACUUGAGAACAAAGUUUUACAAGUAACGAAAACUAUUGAAAAACAAGUCGAUGCUGCUCUUGAAAAACUAGAAAACUUAGACGUCAAUGACAUCGAAUCUUUACGAAAAAAACGAAUGCAAGAAUUAAAGGCUUUAGAAGAGAAACAAAGAGUAUGGCGACAAAAUGGGCAUGGUCAAUAUGAAGAAUUGCCUGAAGAAAAAACUUUUUUUGAUACCAUAAAAAAGUCUGAAAGAGUCAUUAUUCACUUUUACACCAAUACAAAUUUUCGUUGUAAAAUUGUUGACAAGCAUCUAAAAAUUCUUGCGGCAAAACAUGUAGAGACACGUUUUGUUUCGUUAAACGCCGAAAAAUGUCCGUUUUUGGCAGAGAGAUUAAAAAUAAAGGUGAUUCCAACAAUUGUAUGCAUUAAAGACACUAUACUGAUUGACAAAAUUGUGGGUUUCACAUCCUUGGGCAACCGUGAUGACUUCACAACAGAUGUAUUGGAAUGGAGACUUGCUCAGAAUGAAAUAAUUAAUUAUGAAGGUGACAUUACAUUACCACCUACUGAACAAAACACCAAGGGAAAAUCCAACAAGAGUUCAAUACGAGAUGGAAAGUACAAUGCAGAAUCAGAUGAUGAUCUAGACAUUGAAGAUUUUUCCAAGGAGUUUGAACUGAAAAAUUCAAAGAACAAUAGUGAUAACAUCUUAACAAGAGAAGAAGAAAUUGAACUUGGUUUGAUAGAAGAAGAUGAUCAACAAAAUGAAAAAGACAAUUAAAGGUAUUCAUUAUUCUUUGUUUCAGUUUAUAAAAUUUUUUGCAAUUUAAGUAAGUUUUAGUAUAUUACUAAUAUAUUUACACCAAUUAAAAUUUUAUAAUAAUAUAAAUUCUCACUUGUUAUAAGUACUGCUUUUAAUAAAAAAGAAUGCAUAGC